AUGUACCUUGCUGUUAAUUGUACUCUUGUAUCCUUGAUCCCUAAAGGUAAUGGUGGUAAUUGUGUGAAGGACUUUAGACCGAUAUCCUGCUGUACUACAUUCUACAAAAUUAUAUCAAAAAUCUUGACUAGAAGAUUGAGCAAGGUUCUUACCAUUAUUAUCAAUCAAAGCCAGGCUGCCUUCAUCCCUAGACAGAACAUCCAUGAUCAUAUUUUAUUAGCGUACGAGCUAAUCCAAGGCUACAACAGAAAAGACGGUACUCCUAGUUGUCUGUUGCAACUUGACAUCCAAAAAUCCUAUGAUACCCUGGACUGGUAUGCACUAGAGUGUAUCCUCAAGGAAUUUGGCUUCCCUCACAAAUUCACCAAAUGGAUUAUGCUAGCGGUGUCAACAGUGUCUUACAAGUUCAAUGUUGCUGGCAGAAUUACUAGAAGCCUGAAGGCUAAAAGGGGCCUUAGACAAGGUGACCCUAUAUCCCCCCUUCUUUUUGUUUUAACUAUGGAGUACUUCCACAGGCUCCUACACCAGUUAAGCAAGGUCCCUGACUACAACUUCCAUGCAAAAUGCGAAAAGCUGCAAAUUAUUGAUAUCAGUUUUGCGGAUGAUGUUCUCCACUUUACCCGUGGGGAUAACAAGUCUGUUCAGUUACUUAUGGAUCAACUGCAAACGUUCUCCCAGUCCACUGGUUUACUGGUUAACCCCGCGAAAUGUAGGGUGUACUUCGGGGGAGGGGGGGGGGGGGGGGUUGAAUAA